AUGAAGACGGUACAAGAAGUGAUGAGCAAACAGAAGGAUGAACUGAAGAAGAAGAUGGAGCAGGAACUGGAGAAGAUGGAGAAGGAACUGGGGAUGGAGAUGGAGGAGAAACUGGGGAAGGAAUUGAAGGAACAGAAUAAAAAGAUGGAGAAGAAACAGAAGGAAGAGAUGAAGAAGGAACUGAAUAAAAAGAAGGCGGAGGGGAUGAAAAACCCAAGGGAAUCUCUGCAGGAAAACACAGAAGAAAAUGUAGGAUCAUCAAUAAAAGAGGGUGCAGUGACAGGUUCAGUAGAAGGUGCAUGUGGAAUCGUUAUUGAAGAAUUAACUAAAAUUAUACCAGACCUUCUUAAAAAGCCAAUCAACACUAUCUUAAUCAAAGGCCCAAACUUAAUAGCAGGUGCAAUCUCAGGCGUGGUCAUAGGUGCAGCGGCAGGAGCAGCUGGGAAUGCAGUCGAGUACUACGUGGAAAAACAGUGUGGAGCCACAGCAGGAAAAGCAGCUGGAGCCGUGGCCGAAGCAGCUACUGCAAGCCUAACCGUGGGUGGAGCGAAGCUUCUCAACAGGAAACUGGAUUACAAACUGACUGACACAUUAAAUAAGAAAAACGUCAGUUGGAUGAAGGAUGAGAAGAAACUGAAGGAGAUGGAGAAGGAACUGAAGGGGAUGGAGAUGAAAGUGAAGGGGAUGGAAACGAAAGUGAAGGGGAUGGAGAAGGAACUGAGAGAGGAGGAGGACAAACUGAAGAAUGAGAUUGACAACAUACUAAAGAAGAGAGUGGUCAAACUCAAGGAACUCAAGGAAACAAAGGAGAAACUUGGCGACACAAAGAAGAAACUGGAUGAAACAAAGAAGAAACUGUGUCAGACAAAGGAGAAAAUUAUGGCAACACCCUCAAUGAAGGAUCCGAAUACUAGAUUGCAGGUACUGAUGGAUUCAAGGAGCAAUCUGGAGGCCAUGUUGCAGAAACUUGAGCAGACAGGGAAAUAUCUGGAUAGACUGAAUAAGGCAGAGAAAAAUCUGGAAACCACAGUGAAAAAAAUGGAAAAAGGAACAAAGGACAAACUGAAUGGCACACUGCAGAUACUGGUGGAGACAAUUAAUGAACUGAAGGAGACAGAGUGGUGCCUGAAGGAGGCAGAGGACACUCUGAAUGCCACAGUGCAUUAUCUGAGUGUCACAGAUGAAGAACUGAAGGACAUAAAUAAUAAACUGGGUGACAUGGAGAGGGAACUGAAGGAGAUGGAGGUGAAAAUGAAGGACAUUGAGGACUUACUGAAACAUGCAAAGAAGAAACUCAACACUGUGAAGGAUACAAUGAAGAAACUGGGUAACACAAAGAAUAAUUGGCACCAGACACAGGACAGAAUGAAGGUUGCAAAGCAAGCUCUGAAUCUCACAGUGCCGAAUCUACAGGUGUCAGAGAACAAUCCAAAACCCUCAAAGAAGGAUCUGAAUGCCAGAGUGCGGAAAAUGGAGGACUCAAGGGGCAAUCUGGAUGCCAAAUUGCAGAAACUUGAGAAAACAGAUAACUAUCUGGAUAGACUGAAUGAGGCAGAGAAAAAUCUGGAAACCAAAGUGGAGAGACUGGAGAAGGCAAAGAACAAACUGAGUGGCACAAAGCAGAUACUGGUGGAGACAAAUAAUGAACUGAAGGAGACAGAGGGGUGUCUGAAGGAGGCAGAGAACACUCUAAUUGCCACAGUGCAUUAUCUGAGUGUCACAGAUGAAGGACUGAAGGACAUAAAUAAUAAACUGGGCGACAUGGAGAGGGAACUGAAGAAUAUGAAGAAUAAAAUGAAGAGGAAGAUUGAGGGCUUACUGAAAAAUGCAAAAAAGAAACAGGAAAAUGUGAAGGCGAAAAAUAAAGAAGUUGACAAAGCAAUGAAAAAUCUGAAGAUGAAGACAACAAAGGCGACAGUGGUGGAGGCAUGGAGCAACCUGGGUGUCACAUUGCUGAAACUGCAGGAGAAUCUGGUUGCCACGGUGUCUAGACUGGAGGAGAAAGAGAACAAUCUGAAAGCCACAGCGCAGAUACUGAUGGAGACAAAUAAUGAACUGAAGGAGAUAGAGAACAAUCUGAAUGGCAAAGUGCGGGACCUGACUGAGAUAGAAAAUAAACUGAAAGACAUACAAAGAGAGACUGGACAUAAAUAGAAUAAAAAAGGAUGCCAUCAACCAAAUGACAGGGAACAGAGCAUCUUGUCUUUGGAAUGCCACAGAAACACAGACGUACAGCAUGCUGUGGCUUUUGUGCAUAAAUACGUCUCUCCCUGCUGUUUGCGAUGACAGUGACAAUAUGAUCUAAUAAUUGUAGUUUUUUUUUUUUUUUAUUAGGGACACAUAUACAGUAUAUAAGUGUCAGUUACCUGGGACAAGAUGCAUUGUAUUUUCAAUUUAGCUAGAAGGCUAAUUUUCAUUGACACUCCCCAAGCAGACAUUGAUGACAAUUAGUAGCCAUUAAUAACAACUAAUCCAAUACAAACUAAAAUCAUAUAAAAAAUGCAUCUCACCAAUAUACACUAAUCUGAAAUACUUCAUAUAACCAAUUAACAAUUCAAAUUUCUAUACAUCCCAAAUAAACUAAUCACUGCAUAAUUGGUCGACAAUUUGCGAAAUAAAUUUUUUCAGCUUUUUAAUAUGCCCAUCAAAUUUGCAAAUCAUAAGAAUUUAACUUCAGAGACUUCCUCAGUAACUUCUCCUUCAAUUUGAACAUUAACGUUCUUAUCCUAUGUUGUCUUAUAGAGAAACAAAUUCUAACGUUUAGUGUCAAACAUGAACAAUUAAGCCAGUCCGAUAUUUUCUUCAUAUACUCUGUCAGUUUAGAAGCUGGAUGAGUCCCACAAACGCAUACUAACAUUGUAAUCACGCAAACUGGGUCUAAAUCCUGGGUUUAGGUAGUCUUACAGAUUUAAUGUCUUACAGAUAGGUGAACUUUAUUAUUUUUUCUACACCCUGCUACAGUAUAUUUGAGUAAGUAGACUAAAUACAGUAUUUGUACCUAUUGUAUAAGAACCCUAUUUUUAUAUUUGUUUAAAAUUCUAUUGUUAAUCAUAAUAAUAAUACAGCAACUGAAUGAUAAACAGGAGUUAUUUUGGGCUGCGGUGUGGAGUAGUGGUUAGGGCUCUUGACCAGAGGAUUGUGGGUUCAAUCCCAGGUGGGAAUCACACUGCUUAGCAUCCAGAAUAUUACAAAAUAUCACAUUAUUUUUACAUACAAUUACCCAUUUAUACAGUUUUUUUUUAUUAUUAUUUUUUUAUACAUAAAAAUAGGUUUUCAGUUUGAUUUUUAAGUCUGAGUGAUGUGAUAUUAUUGUAUGCUUGUAGUGGGUACUUUAGACUAACCAUAUUUGUAACAAUGUAUUCAUAUACAAAAAUGUAAUCAUACUUAUAUGUUGCUUAAAUAGUUGAAAUACUGUUAAUUGCCUAAAAGACACCAGACUGCCUGGAUUGUCUUAAUUAAGCUAAAAAAUUAGUAGAUUUAUAUAUCACUCAAUUCAAUUAAUGUUUCAAAAUAAAACAGAGAAGUAUUUUACUUGGAUUCGUAAA